UUAUUUUUGUGAAAGUUUUCUUCCUUAUCAUAAUUUACUCAAUAAAUUCGAUUUAGUGAACAAAAAAAAAACAAACAAAACAAUGCCAAUCGAAAAAACAAUAUUCCAUAAUGGCGGUGAUAAUGAUAAUAUUGUUACAUUAUAUUCAUUGACCAAUGGACGUUUAAUGGUUAAAAUUAUUGAUUAUGGUGCAACAAUAGUACAGAUAAAAUAUCCCGAUAAUAAUCAAAUUGAACGUGAUUUAGUUCUUGGUUUCGAUGAUAUUUUCGGAUAUAAAUCCAAAUUAAAUCCAUAUUUUGGUUCAACAAUUGGCCGUUUUGCCAAUCGAAUUGCAAAUGGAACGUUUUGUUUAGAUGAACAACAAUAUCAUCUACAUAGAAAUAAUGGUGAAAAUAGUUUACAUGGUGGUCAAAUUGGAUUCGAUAAACGACAAUGGAAACUUUCAAAUGAAACAGAUUAUUCAAUAACAUUAAUGUAUCGAUCAUUUGAUGGUGAAGAAGGUUAUCCAGGAACAUUGAUUAUUAAAGUUCGUUUCGAAAUAACUGAUUCGGAUGAAUUACAAAUCGAAUAUGAAGCAAAACUUGAACAACAAGAUUCAACAAAUGUUGACAAAACAAUUGUUUCGUUAACAAAUCAUUCAUAUUUUAAUUUGAAUGGAUGUUAUGAUCAAAAUUCGACAAAAAUUCUUGAUCAUAAAAUUUGUCUAUAUGCUCAAGAUUAUCUUGAGAUUGACGAUAAUCUAAUUCCUACUGGUCGUAUAUUAUCGGUGAAAGAUACUGUCAUGGAAUUUCCCAAACAACCAUUGCGAACAAUUGGCGAACGUAACUUUUCAUAUGAUCAUUGUUAUGUACUAAUCAAUGAUUCUAAUGAAUGGGAUUUAAAAACAAAACGACCAUUACGAUUAGCUGCCGAAGCUUAUUCGGAAAAAACUGGAAUAAAAAUGUCAUUUAUGACUGAUGAACCGGCAUUUCAAUUCUAUAUUGGUGGUUUCAUAUCGGACAAAGGAUUACAAACAAAAAAAUCACAAUCAUCCGAAUUUUUAUCAUUGGGAAAAAAUUCUGGUUUCUGUUUCGAAGCACAACGUUUUCCCAAUGCUAUCAAUCAUGAUAGCUGGCGUAAUCAGGUUAUAUUAACCGCAAACGAUAUCUAUACACAAAAAACUGUUUAUAAAUUUAAUUUAGCUAAUGUUUGAACUCUUUUUUUCUGGUUUUAAUUUGUACGAUUUCAAAUUUUCUUUAAAGAAAAAAAAAUUAAGAAAAAUUCAA